AUGGGUAACAUGGGUACCGUCGUCGGACCCAAGGUCGGACAGGCGCUUAACUCCCUCACCAACAACCAGGCCGCUAUCCAGGGCGUCGACUAUCCCGCUGAUGCUGCUGGAAACGCAAACAUGGGCGCCUCCGGCGGUCCCAAGAUGGCCUCGCUCGUCGAAACAGCCCUCAAGCAGUGCCCCGACACCAAGGUCGUGCUGGGCGGAUACUCGCAGGGCGCGAUGGUCGUGCACAACGCCGCGGGCAAGUUGUCCUCUGGCCAGGUCGUUGGCGCCGUGACCUUCGGCGACCCCUUCAAGGCGCAGAAGCCGAGCAACAUCGAUCAGUUCAAGACCUUCUGUGCUAGUGGAGACCCGGUUUGCCUCAAUGGUGCGAAUGUCAUGGCGCAUCUUUCGUACGGUGAUGAUGCGCAGACUGCGGCGCAGUUCCUUGUUAGUGCUGCUGGGCUUUGA